AUGGACCCAGUAGCGCUUCUCCUCGCCUUCCUCCGUCUCCCUCUCUAUUUCCUGCUUGAGGUGUUCUACUUCCUGUUCCGAUGUCGACCCUGUAAACCCAUCUCAAACCAGCACGUGCUGAUUACCGGGGCUGGUCAGGGUAUUGGAGCGGAGUUCGCACGGCAGUUCGCGGAAAUGGGCAACACGGUUCACUGUCUGGACAUCAGUAAAGAGCUUGUGGAGGGCGUGGUAGCAGGUCUCCGCGAGGCAGGACACAGCGCGCACGCCUACACGUGCGAUCUGACCAAGAGUGAGGAAGUUGAGAAGGUGCACAAGGAGAUGACCGAGAAUGGUCACGUGGUAACAGUGCUGAUUAACAACGCAGGGGUUGUGUUCGGGGCCAACAUCGAGGACAUGUCCCUUACACAAAUCCAGCACUCUCUCACGGUGAAUCUAGUGUCCGGUCUGUGGACCAUCAAGCUCUUCCUCCCCCAAAUGUUAGCCAUGGACCAAGGUCACGUGGUCAAUAUAGCCUCCAUGCUCGGUCUCAUGCCACUGCAGGGUCAAAUAACCGACUACUGUGCAGGGAAAGCUGGAGCUAUCCACGCGCUGGCCCAGUUGAGGAACCAGCACGCUCACACUAAUGUACACUUCACUGCUGUGUGUCCCUGGUUCGUAAGAACGAAGUUGAUAGCUGGGAUAGAGAAGGAAACUAACCCCAUGGAGCCGGAGGAGUUGGUGAGAGCAGCUAUUCAGGGGAUCAGGGAGGAGAAGGAUGUUGUCAUGGUUCCUGAUUCUGUGCGGUUUAUCCAUUUCCUUCUCAAGAUCUCCCCUCUUCCCAUUAGGGACGCUUUUUAUAAGAAGAAACCUGAUUUUACAAAGUUUGUCGGGCAUAAGUUGUUGGAGAAAGUCCAGUAAGCAAGCAAGACGGUAUUGACAUCGGACAAAUUUCAGAGAAUAAUAAUGAACUUUUUGAUCCACGUAAUUAUGAACUCGGAAAUUAUGGUUCAGAUGUGAUCAUGACAUGUUCUUACAUUGAAAUUCUUAAGCGGUAUCGCUACUUCAUUAACAAGAAUCCAACACCUUGUAAAAUUUAACCAUUAUAUCGCUACUUCAUUAACAAGAAUCCAACACCUUGUAAAAUUGAACCAUU